UUUUCAAAAUAUAAUUAUAACAAAACACGUGACCUAAACCUCGCGGUAGGCGCCAUAUUGGAUUGUACAUGCGAUAACCGAAGAAGAAACAGGAAAGUGCAAGAAAAUGUCUCGAUACAGGGACAACAACUUGGAAGGAAAAAUUUAUGUUGGGGACUUGAGUCGUGAUGCCAAUGAAAAAGACCUGGAGAGAGCAUUUGAGUAUUAUGGCAGGCUGAGAAAUGUUUGGGUUGCACGCAAUCCAGCAGGUUUUGCCUUCAUUGAGUUCGAAGACCCAAGAGAUGCUGAUGAUGCAGUACGAGGCAUGGAUGGAACGUCAAUCUGUGGCUCUAGAGUUAGAGUAGAACAUUCUACAGGGAAAGUACGGCCAAAACCUUGGCUUCGUGGGGGCCGACCGCCAAGGUCUGGAGGAGGGCGUCGACCUUUUCAUCCUGAUGACAAAUGUUAUGAGUGUGGUGGAAGAGGUCACUAUGCAUAUGACUGCACACGCAGGGGCAGGUCUCAUAAAAGCUCCAGAAGGUCAAGAUCAAGGUCCAGAUCCAGGUCCAGAUCCCCAAGGAGACGUAGUUAUUCCAGAUCACGUAGCAGGAGUGGAAGUAGACCUAGAUACCAUACCAGAAGUAGGACAAAGAGCAGGUCUUCCUCCCCACCUAGAAGAAGGACCAGAAGUAUCAGCAGAGAGGGAAGUGCAAAGCAUGAUGAACGCUAGAAUUCCAAAUCCGUGCUGUGUACCUUAUACACAUGACUUGUUUUUCCAUUCAUGACACAUCCUUUGUAUUGUAUAUUGAUUCAUUUUUACGAGUAAAGACAACUUGCACAUCUUUCUGCACUAAUUUUAACUAAGUACAGGUUAGAAGAAAGCUUUUUGUGAUACCAUUUUCUGUAUUGGUGUCAUAACAUUGGAAAUUUUAACACAAUUUAAAGUUUUAAGUGGUCAUGCUUACUGUUAUCAUUACAAUCAAGUGCAUUCAAUCAGUGUAUUCAAAUUCAUUUUCACAGGACCAGAAACAUGCAUUAAAAACAACAAAAAACAUUCAGUUAGGAGGUAAAAUAUGUCAAUACAAGGAAUUCUAAAGUUUUUUUGUUUGAAAAAUGAGUACAUAUGUAUUUGAAUCUUCAUUUCCUUCUAUCACUAAUGGCGUAGUAUUUCAUUGAUAUCAAAACCUCUACUACAUUUUCUUUAUGUAUAGAAGAGAUUUAAGAAAAAUAUAAGUAUUUGUAUAUUGCUUAAGGUUAUGGCCCGUAAAUCCAUUACUUGAAACAGAAAUGGGUAAGAAAAGUUUAUAAACAUUGUACAGUUGAAUAAUGUGUAGACGUUCAUUUAAAACAAAUGAGCAACUUCUCUUACAGUCAGAUUGAUUAUAGCUUUGUGUUUUUCAUGUGUUGAAUUUUAUAUGAUGUUUUACGUGUAUAAGAUUUGUAAUAAAUGUGUAAUAAAAUGUUUGAAUGUC